GGCACGUAGCAGAUUAUCAGAUUAUCGACGCAGAAUCACGCUCUCCUUAUCGGCAGGUGAUUUAACAAUAGCCACCGAAGGCCAAUUGUGCUUGCGGGCACGCUACGCAACGAUUAGUGUGCCAGAGUUUCAACGAAGAAAUCCGAAGAAACCUUUCACUUUGCCUCGUGGUUGCAUUAGCAGCAUUAGGAUCUAUUAGAUGGCUGCAAACAAGAAUCCAUUCCAAAACCUGCUGAAGGAGAUCAACGUCAAUGGAGAGACAUUCCAUUACUACGAUAUAGCCUCGUUCCCCGAGUAUCAUGAGCUCCCGUACAGUGUCCGGGUGUUGCUGGAGUCGGCCGUCCGGAACUGUGACAACUUCCAGAUCCACGAGAAGGAUGUCCGCGGAAUCCUGAGCUGGAAGCAAACGAAGGGUGCACGGACAGAUACGGAGCUUGAGAUUCCGUUCAAGCCGGCACGGGUAAUCCUGCAGGAUUUCACUGGUGUCCCGGCGGUGGUUGACUUCGCGGCGAUGCGUGACGCGGUCCUCCGGUUGGGUGGAAACCCCGAUCGCAUCAAUCCGAUCUGCCCUUCCGAUCUGGUGAUCGAUCAUUCGGUGCAGGUGGACUUUGCACGCACCGAAGACGCACUGACCAAGAACCAGGACCUAGAGUUCGAGCGCAAUAAGGAGCGCUUUACGUUUCUGAAAUGGGGUGCCCGUGCGUUCGACAAUAUGCUCAUCAUUCCGCCCGGCUCCGGGAUCGUGCAUCAAGUGAACCUGGAGUAUCUGGCGCGUGUCGUGUUCCAGGACCCGGCCGGAUCGGCGGUUCGCCUACUCUAUCCGGACAGCGUCGUCGGAACGGACUCGCACACGACGAUGAUCAACGGGCUCGGUGUCGUUGGCUGGGGCGUUGGUGGCAUUGAAGCCGAAGCGGUCAUGUUGGGUCAGUCGAUCUCGAUGCUGCUGCCGGAAGUGAUCGGUUACAAGUUGGUCGGAAAGCUGAACCCACUCGUCACGUCAACCGAUCUGGUGCUAACGAUCACGAAACAUCUCCGCCAGAUCGGUGUGGUCGGCAAGUUUGUGGAGUUCUUUGGUCCGGGUGUGACCGAGCUGUCGAUCGCUGAUCGGGCCACGAUUAGUAACAUGUGCCCCGAGUACGGUGCCACGGUCGGAUACUUCCCCGUCGACAAGAACGCGCUCGAGUAUCUGCGCCAAACGAACCGUGCUGAGGACCGGAUUCAAACAAUCGAAGCGUACCUGCGGGCCACGAACCAGCUGCGCGACUUCAGCGACGCCACUCAGGAUCCCGCUUUUACGCAGCUAGUGGAGCUCGAUUUGACCACGGUUGUAACGUCGGUUUCCGGUCCGAAACGUCCGCACGAUCGUGUUGCCGUGAGCGAAAUGCAGCAAGAUUUCCGCCAGUGCCUAUCGGCGAAAGUCGGUUUCAAAGGCUUUGCCAUUCCGUCGGCGGAGCUCGGUGCGUCGGGAAGCUUCAGUUGGACCGACGGCAAGACGUAUGAACUGCGUCACGGAUCGGUCGUGAUCGCGGCCAUCACAUCGUGCACCAAUACCAGCAACCCAUCGGUAAUGCUCGGCGCUGGGUUACUGGCGCAACGGGCUGUGGCCGCCGGUUUGAAAGUCGCACCGUUCAUCAAAACAUCACUGUCGCCGGGUAGCGGUGUCGUGACGUAUUAUCUGAAAGAAUCGGGUGUCAUCCCUGCGCUGGAGGAGCUCGGCUUCAACGUCGUCGGCUACGGGUGUAUGACAUGUAUCGGCAAUUCGGGACCACUGGAUGAUAACGUUGCCAACACGAUCGAGAAGAAUGGGCUGGUAUGCUGCGGGGUGCUGUCAGGCAACCGGAACUUUGAAGGACGCAUCCAUCCGAACACAAGGGCCAACUAUCUCGCGAGCCCGCUGCUGGUGAUUGCGUACGCCCUGGCCGGUACGGUUGAUAUCGAUUUCGAGAAGGAACCACUGGGAAAGCGUCCCGACGGAUCGGAUGUGUUUUUGCGCGACAUUUGGCCAACACGCCAAGAGAUUCAGGCUGUCGAGCGGGAGCACGUUAUACCGGCAAUGUUCCGUGAUGUGUACGCCAAGGUGGAACUCGGUUCGAGUGCCUGGCAGGGUCUACAGGCACCGACCGGCAAGCUGUAUCCGUGGGACACGGCCUCGACCUACAUCAAGCACCCGCCGUUCUUCGAGGGCAUGUCCCGUGAACUACCGGCACGCGGAGCGAUCGUGGGAGCCCGUGCUUUACUCAAUCUGGGCGACUCCGUUACGACCGAUCACAUUUCGCCGGCAGGCUCGAUCGCUCGGAAUAGUCCCGCCGCACGCUACCUUUCCGAUCGCGGUCUGACCCCUCGUGACUUUAACUCGUACGGCUCACGACGCGGAAACGACGCAAUUAUGGCACGUGGAACGUUCGCCAACAUACGCUUGGUGAACCGUUUGGUUUCGGGAGCCGGGCCACGUACCCUACACAUCCCGAGCGGCGAGGAGAUGGACGUGUUUGAUUGUGCAGAACGAUACGCGGCCGAAGGGACGCCGCUGAUUGCACUCGUCGGAAAAGACUACGGCAGUGGUUCGAGCCGUGACUGGGCCGCGAAGGGACCGUACCUGCUCGGAAUCCGGGCGGUCAUUGCAGAAUCGUACGAGCGCAUCCACCGCUCGAACCUUGUCGGAAUGGGCAUCGUACCAUUGCAGUACCUCGAGGGACAGAAUGCGGAAAGUUUGGGACUUACCGGGCGUGAACUGUUUACGGUGGCCAUUCCGGAUGGAUGUCGGCCGCACGACCGCAUCACUGUGACUACUGACGGUGGGUUGAAGUUCGAGGUGAUCGUACGCUUCGAUACGGAGGUUGACUUGGAGUACUACCGCAAUGGCGGUAUUUUGAACUACAUGAUUCGCAAAAUGAUCGAUUAAUUUACUUAUUUACCAACACUUUUCCACCCAAUGUAUGACAUGAAGAUUAUGUUGUUUUUUAUAUAUAUUGUGAAAGGUACACUCAAAUCCUGAAGAGGCAAUAAAUAUAUGCGCGGUGUUUAUGAGCGG